UCAGGUCUUGAACCGUAGGGUGAAGGUUUCUCCUCACGGUGCAUGGACGGAAAGCCAAUGCGCAGGUGUACCAGUACUCGACCAGGAGAGACCGGAAUGGACGUGACCAGCCGUUGCACACUGGGAGAUCCUAACAAACUGCCAGAAGGGGUGCCGCAGCCUGCUCGCAUGCCCUACAUCUCUGACAAGCACCCUCGACAAACCUUGGAAGUCAUCAAUCUGCUCCGGAAGCACCGGGAGCUGUGCGAUGUGGUGCUGGUAGUCGGCGCGAAGAAGAUCUACGCCCACAGGGUGAUUCUGUCAGCCUGCAGCCCCUACUUCCGAGCCAUGUUCACUGGGGAGCUGGCAGAGUCUCGCCAGACAGAAGUCGUGAUCAGAGACAUCGACGAAAGGGCCAUGGAGCUGCUGAUUGACUUUGCGUACACCUCUCAGAUCACUGUGGAAGAGGGAAAUGUCCAGACCUUGUUGCCAGCUGCGUGCCUUCUCCAGCUGGCCGAGAUCCAGGAAGCCUGCUGCGAGUUCCUUAAGAGACAGUUGGACCCUUCCAAUUGCCUGGGCAUCCGAGCUUUUGCUGACACUCACUCGUGCCGUGAGCUGCUGAGGAUUGCUGACAAGUUCACACAGCAUAACUUCCAGGAGGUAAUGGAGAGUGAAGAGUUCAUGCUGCUUCCUGCCAAUCAGCUCAUAGACAUUAUAUCCAGUGACGAGUUGAAUGUUCGCAGUGAGGAGCAGGUGUUCAAUGCAGUGAUGGCCUGGGUGAAGUACAGCAUUCAGGAGAGAAGACCCCAGCUGCCACAGGUCCUGCAGCAUGUCCGCCUGCCGCUGCUGAGUCCCAAGUUUCUUGUGGGUACAGUGGGUUCUGAUCCGCUUAUUAAGAGCGAUGCGGAAUGCCGGGAUCUAGUGGAUGAAGCUAAAAACUAUCUGCUGUUGCCCCAAGAGCGGCCACUGAUGCAAGGACCAAGAACCAGACCGCGCAAACCCAUCCGCUGUGGGGAAGUGCUCUUUGCAGUGGGGGGCUGGUGUAGCGGGGACGCCAUUUCCAGUGUCGAGCGCUACGACCCUCAAACCAACGAGUGGCGGAUGGUGGCUUCCAUGAGCAAAAGGCGCUGUGGCGUUGGAGUCAGCGUUCUGGAUGAUCUCCUCUAUGCUGUGGGAGGCCAUGAUGGUUCCUCUUAUCUUAACAGUGUAGAAAGGUAUGAUCCGAAGACCAAUCAGUGGAGCAGUGAUGUGGCCCCCACCAGCACCUGCAGGACCAGUGUUGGAGUGGCAGUUCUUGGAGGCUACCUCUAUGCUGUGGGUGGCCAGGAUGGUGUCUCUUGUCUCAACAUUGUGGAAAGGUACGAUCCCAAAGAAAACAAGUGGACUCGAGUGGCUUCCAUGAGCACCAGGCGGCUGGGAGUUGCAGUGGCUGUGCUGGGGGGAUUCCUCUAUGCCGUGGGAGGCUCUGAUGGAACUUCUCCUCUCAAUACUGUGGAACGCUACAAUCCCCAGGAGAACCGCUGGCACACGAUUGCACCCAUGGGGACGAGGAGGAAGCACCUGGGCUGUGCAGUGUACCAAGACAUGAUAUAUGCUGUGGGAGGCAGAGAUGAUACAACGGAGCUCAGCAGCGCCGAGAGAUACAACCCUCGAACCAACCAGUGGUCUCCUGUGGUGGCCAUGACAUCUCGACGGAGUGGAGUUGGCCUCGCCGUGGUGAAUGGACAGCUGAUGGCAGUGGGAGGUUUUGAUGGCACGACGUACUUGAAAACCAUUGAGGUGUUUGAUCCAGAUGCUAACACAUGGAGGCUGUACGGCGGGAUGAACUACCGGCGGCUGGGAGGAGGCGUGGGCGUUAUCAAAAUGACACACUGUGAAUCCCAUAUAUGGUAAGCAUCAAGAGGGAGGGAGACCCUUUGGUUCUCAUUCCUAGAAAAACUGAAGAGACUUGUUGACACUGGACCUCUUUGCAGCUCUGGUAUGCACGGUCUAGAUCCAAUGUAACUCUUUGCUGGUGACUCUUUCUGUGGAAUUAGAAAAAAAGACUUCUGUGAGAGUGUGCCCAAUGGGAGACCACGUUGUCAGACUCCAGGGAACCACUGGACAAGAGUAGAAGUGUUGCUUAUGCCCACAUUUUUUCUAAGUAGUCUAC